AAUAAAAAUAUCGUUGAUCUUGUGGAGCCCACUCUAACAACCAAGAGUGCUACGCUGCUACUAUUGCAUUCUCACUCCACUGACACGUAUAAUAGUCAUGCUUUGUAUCACGGGGAGAUUCGGUGCACCCUCGGGUAGAUCUUGUGUUGCUUGCAGCAUUGCCAUUACAUAUUGCAUUUGGCGGGUUGACUGUUUUUGCAAACGCUUCUUUCUUUGAUAUUUUUGAAUUUAACAAAAACUGAGUCUCUGAUACUUUGGUGAAUACAGAUAUUUAGUUGAGUUUCUGUUUCUCUGUGGCUUGAAGCUUCAAGAUGUUUUACUCUCACCAGCUUCUUGCUCGAAAAGCACCACUCGGCCAAAUAUGGAUGGCUGCCACAAUGCACGCAAAGAUUAACCGUAGAAAGUUAGACAAGCUCAACAUCAUCAAUAUUUGCGAGGAGAUUCUGAACCCAUCGAUUCCUAUGGCUCUUAGACUUUCUGGAAUUCUCAUGGGGGGAGUAGUGAUUGUCUAUGAGAGAAAAGUGAAGCUCCUUUAUGAUGACGUGACCCGUUUUCUGGUUGAAAUAAACGAAGCCUGGAAAGUAAAAGCUGCUCCAGAUCCUACAUUGCUUCCCAAGUCCAAAUCCAAGGCCAAGAAAGAGGCUGUUACUCUGCCAGGGACCGGUGAGACGAAUGUGGCAGAUAUUGAACAGUCCCUUCAGUUUUCCAACACAGGCACCACAAAUGGAUUUCAACAUAACGCAUAUUUUACCAUGCGACUUGACAGUGUGGAUGAACCCUUCAUUAGUAAUGGAGCAAGAGAGGACCAAGAUCAAUCAGAACUUCUCCAUCAAGUUGACGCGGAGAAUAUUACCUUAUUUGAACGCUUUGAAACAUUCCAAGCUAAUGCGGAUCCUUACAAUCAUCUCUUAUUUGAACGCUUUGAGAGGUUUGAUAUUGAAGGAGAUGAGGAAACACAGGUAAACGUAACUUCAGCAGAUCAAAUUCCAACCACGCUUGUGCCCUCCCCACCUCAUCAAGACGAACCCACCAGAGCUGAUACGUUUCAAGACCAUCAUCCUGGACACCCAGACAUUCAGCAACCUAGUGAAGGCAUGAUACCUAGACAGGAACCUAAAAGGCGGGGACCAAAUAAAAGGAAAAGAGGACAGCCAUCGACUAUAGAAAUGGAUUAUGAGCAAACCAUUAUUCCUGCUCAUAUAUAUCAACACUGGCUUCAGAAUGCUUCUGAUAUUGUCUCGCGAAGAGGAAGAAAGAAAAAGCUAACCGAUGUCAUGUCUUCAACAAAGAUAGCCAACCUCAUGAAGCUGCCACCCGUUGUGCUAAUUGGUGAUUUAUUUACUGCUGAAAAUGACAAUAUAUAUUAUCCAAAAGCUAUUAUGGACUUAUGGAUUAAGAGCAUUCAACCACCUCAUGAUUCACCUUCAGAAAGGAUUUCAGCCCACCAUCCUCCAGAACCAUCAUUUUCAUCGCCUCCAGGAGUACAGAAUGAAGAUUUCAUGCAAUUUCCUUCUGAAGAUUUUGACAGUAGGCCAGACUACCAGGCACCUCCAAUGGAAAAGGCUCGGGAACAUAUCCUCUUGGAUGAACUGACAACUAGCCUUUUGAGAGGGCAUGAAGCUACUCCUCAUAUCUCAUCAGGGAAAGCUGGAGACAGUGUACAUUCCUUUCCAAGACCAACGUCUGAAAAUGGUCCUGCCUCACAUUCAGAUUUUGAUUCGGGAAGAUUCAAAAAUAAAAGGUAUUCAUCAUCUGCAAACAGCAGUGGAGGCCUCGAGCCACUAGGAGGCCUUGAGCCACUAGCUGAAGAUGUAAAUUUCAAGUUAGCUAGACUGUAUGAAGAUGGUCCCACACCUGAUCAAGAACUCUUUGUGGAAACAGGACCCACUCAAACACAAGCAAACAUCAAUCAUCCUAGUGACAAGAUAACCGAUUCAAUCCAAGCGCAAAUGAAGGCACAUUUUGACACGCCUGGAGCUCCUCCAGUUGAAUCCCUUCAUAACCUAGCUGCUGGAAUGACACGGACAUCAGCAGCACAACUUUUCUAUCAAAUUUGUGUUCUUGCUUCCCGCGAUGCGCUGAAAGUUGACCAAAAGGUUCCCUAUGGAGAGAUUGUCUUCUCUAGAGGAUUAAAAAUGUGAUGAAGUUUUAGUUCCUCUAAUUUGCUGCUUCUCCUUUAAAGAGUUUUAUUAAUGCAGCUUGUUUUCUUUAUCAGCUAGAGGUAUUGGUGUUUAAUUAAGGAAACGACAACGAUUAUCCAAAUAGUCAUUGCUAUUUGCCUAUUAGCUAGGAUUAAAUGUUUUAGAUUUUUUGUUUUCCCUCUCCGACAAUGUCUAAUGGAGAAAUUGUUAGGUAGUACUGCACUACCACUAUUUUGUCUGAUGAUUAAGAGUGUCACUUUCAAGUUAUUUGAAAAACAUUUGUUUAAAUUAAAUAGGCUUAUUUGAUUAAA